UGAACAUUCUCAAAACUGUAUUGUACAUAGGUUAUACUUUUUUAUUGUGUGAACUUUAUUUUUGUGGAACUAAGGUUCCGUGUGUUAUUGUUGAAGUGGGACAUUAAUCAGUGUAACGCCACCUGCGGCCACAUUGCGGGUGUGGGGUUUCCUAGCCAGAGCUGUACGGACUCCACACUGGGUGAGGAGAAGCCUGCUGCCGCUGUGUGACACUGAUUUUGCUGCUGCACUCUGUUUUAUAGGAAUAAACCCUGUUUCCAGCCAGUCCGUGUCUGUUGUCACAACGCAGUCGACCAUUUCACAUCUGCUACAUAAAAGUGGUGCCGUGACCCGGAUGCAUCUGAUCAGCCGCUGCCGAUCGCUGAGGUUGAGCUGAACACUUCCGACACCUGUAAUAUAAGUAAAAUUAUUCUGUGGGUCAGCAAAAAAUUUCCAGUGUUCUGUUAGUAGGCAUUUCUCCCAGUUACACCUGUUAGAGUCUAACUGAGCCGUGUUUACUUGUGUUGUAUUUUUCUGAGUGAUAGGUAUUUUUGUAUUCCUUUUGUUUCUGAUCCCCUUUGUAGUUAUUGCUAACCUCCUGUAAGCAACAUGGCUGGUAGGGGCCAAGACUCCUUUAACCUUUUCACGCCAGUCGCUGGGAGAGGUUGGAGACUGUCUGGGGCAGAUGAAGUGAGAGACAGGUCUAUAAUGUUGCGUGAUGAGCCAGCAGAGUCAGAUGACAUUAUUCGAAAUAAAGCUCAUGAGCGCCAGUCCUCAACCCCUGCUUUGAGCGACGACAGCACACACAAAGAGCUACGUGAGCUCAUUGGUGAAUUGGGAACCCAGAUAGGUGAAUCAAUCGCUAGCCGGCUACUAUCCAGUCAAGUCCCACUUGGUCCAAACCAGACAGCUCCAGCCGAGUCCCCCAAAGUUAAGAGCCCUGACACCACUCUCGACCUCUCCAAAGUGAACUUAGUGGUCCGACAAGAUAUCAAAGACCCACCUAUGUACAGAGGUGAUGAUGCGGAUAAGUACUCUGUUCAUGAGUGGAUAGACAUGAUGGAAGUGUACUUAGAGAAGAGAGGGUUUUCUAGAGCCGUGCAGGUGGAUGAAGUCUUAAACCACCUCCUCGGCAGAGCUAAAAACAUUGUUAAGGUGGGUUUGAAAAGUAACUCAUGUUCUGGUGUAGUGACCAACCCUGAGACCAUCUAUGCCAUACUCAGGCGUUAUUUUAGUGAUAGUCCUGGCUCCUGUCAACCACUGGCUGACUUUUAUGCCACCCAAGCAGUUGCAAAAGAGACCCCAGUAGACUAUUGGGUGAGGCUUAAUAUCGCUGCUGAGGCAGCUGACAAGCAUUUACAGCGUCAGGGAGGCAAAAUGGAGAACAUGGAGGCAGAGAUAGCCAUGAUGUUUAUCAGAAAUUGUCCUGAUCCCAGCCUCGCCUGUGUUUUCAAAUGUAAGCCCAUGAGUAAAUGGACAGUAAUGGAGGUUCAGGAAGCCAUUGAUGAACACCAAAGAGAGUGUCAUGCAAAAAAGAAGAGCCUGGGCUCUGCCAGACCCCAUCCCCUCCUCGUGGCCACUGCGACAACCACAAGCGAGUCGCCUGAGUUUGAACUGAACCAUGCCCAAGUAGGUACAGUAAAAUGUUCCCAGGACAGCCCGGGUAAGGCUGCUGGAGCUGCCGCUUCAGACCCAAGUGCUCUAGACCGCGUGCUCAGUAUGCUGGAGAGGGUGUUAGAGCGCUCCAACCAGCCUGUCCACCCCGUAAUUAGACCACAGCCUCUAGCCUCAGCCAGGUUCCCUUCGUGCCAGGUUUGUGGCAAUAGCUCACAUUCCACACGCACUCACUGCAUGAGAGAGAGGAGAUGUCUAAGUUGCCUGGAAGUUGGGCAUCAGAGGAAAGACUGCCCCAGAGCAGCUGAGCCCAUUACCCAGCAAAAUAAUCCCCAGGGAAACUAG